AUGCCGCUGGAGCUGACACAGGCCGCGCUGUACGUGGUGCUGGAGCUGGCGCUGGCCGCGCUGGCGGUGGCCGGCAAUGUGCUGGUGUGCGCGGCGGUGGGCGCCUCGAGCGCGCUGCAGACGCCCACCAACUACUUCCUGGUGUCCCUGGCGGCGGCCGACGUGGCCGUGGGGCUCUUCGCCAUCCCCUUCGCCGUCACUAUCAGCCUGGGCUUCUGCACCGACUUCCACAGCUGCCUCUUCCUCGCCUGCUUCGUGCUCGUGGUCACGCAGAGCUCCAUCUUCAGCCUCCUGGCCGUGGCCGUCGACAGGUACCUGGCCGUGCGCGUCCCGCUCAGGUAUAAGAGUCUGGUCACUGGGGCCCGAGCAAGAGGGGUCAUUGCUGUCCUCUGGGUCCUCGCCUUGGGCAUCGGCCUGACCCCGUUCCUGGGGUGGAACAGUAAAGACCGCGCCACCAAUUGCACGGAGCCCCGGGAUGGAACCGCCAAUGCCAGCUGCUGCCUCGUGAGGUGUCUUUUUGAGAACGUGGUCCCCAUGAGCUACAUGGUGUACUUCAAUUUCUUCGCGUGCGUCCUGCCCCCGCUGCUCAUAAUGCUGGUAAUCUACGUCAAGAUCUUCCUGGUGGCCUGCAGGCAGCUCCAGCGCAUGGAGCUCAUGGACCACUCGAGGACCGUCCUCCAGCGGGAGGUCCAUGCGGCCAAGUCCCUGGCCAUGAUUGUUGGGAUCUUUGCUCUGUGCUGGCUGCCGGUACAUGCCAUCAACUGUGCCUCGCUCUUUCAGCCAGGCUGGGCCAAGGAGAAGCCCACGUGGGCCAUGAACACGGCCAUCCUCCUGUCGCACGCCAACUCGGUCGUCAAUCCCAUUGUCUACGCCUACCGGAACCGAGACUUCCGCUACACUUUCCACAAAAUCAUCUCCAGGUAUGUCCUCUGCCGGACAGACGUCUGCAAGAGUGGGGAUGGGCAGGCAGGGGCGCAGCCUGCUCUCCAGGUGGGCCUGUGA